AUGGCUGGGGGCAAUCACAGCAUGGUGACCCAGUUCAUCCUCCUGGAAUGCAGGAUACCCUUCUUCACAGCGUUCCUGGUGAUCUAUGUUCUUAUGCUGGUGAGGAAUCUCGGGAUGAUUGUAUUGAUCAGGGUUGAUCCCCGACUCCAUACCCCCAUGUACUUCUUCCUCAGUAACCUGUCUGUCGUUUACCUCUGCUACUCCUCAGUCUUAGCUCCAAGGAUGCUAGUGAAUUUCUUAGUGGGGCGUAAAAGCAUUUCUUACUCUGCCUGCAUUGCCCAACACUUCUCUUUCGUCAUGUUUUUGACCAAAGAAGGGUUCCUGCUGGCUCUGAUGGCAUACGACCGCUAUGUAGCCAUCUGUAACCCUCUGCUCUACACUGCUGUUAUGUCUAAGAGAGUGUGUUUUCGUCUAGUGGCCAGCUCAUAUGUAGGGGGGCUCGUGAACUCACUGACCCACACAUGUGGCUUGCUGAAGUUGUCAUUCUGUGGGCCCAAUGUCAUCAGUCAUUACUUUUGUGACACUAACCCAUUGCUGAAGCUCGCCUGCUCUGAUAACCACAUCAAUGAGAUUUUGCUCGUAAUGUUCUCUGGGGUUAUUGCCAUGUCCACCCUCCUGAUUGUCAUCAUCUCUUAUCUGUACUUCCUCUUCUCUAUCCUGAGGAUCCACUCUGCCACAGGCAGGCAGAAAGCCUUCUCCACCUGUGCCUCUCAUCUGACAGCUGUCACCAUGCUCUAUGGACCUGUAAGCUUAAGCCACAUACAACCCAGUUCCACCUACUCGCUGGAACAGGAGAAAAUCUCUGCUGUGUUUUAUACCCUGGUGGUCCCCAUGCUGAACCCCCUUAUUUACAGCCUGAGGAACAAGGAGGUUAAGAAUGCUCUUAGGAGGGUGAUAGACUGGAAAAACAUUCUCAGCUAA